AUGCUAACGAAAAACAGUUUUGUCCUCCAGAUAUUGGUGCAGGAUUCGGCCUUUCUGAUGGGUUCCCCAGGUGUAUAUCCACCUGGUCCACCACCUCCUGGAUUUCCGUCUUCAAUUCCCGCCAUCACAGUCGAUUCGAUAGGAAAACCUACAUAUUCUAGCGCAAACUUGGAUCCAAAACCAACUGAUGAGUCAAGUUCAUCUUCAUCAACGUCAUACUCUUCGGCCACGUCCUCGUCAUCCUGCACAAUCACAGAAACGGCAUCUUCCUGUACUGUAAUAACAAGCUACGGAGUAGAUAUUACCGAUCGCACUACCGCGACAUUUACCACCACUUCAUGCACCCCUAUCAGUGGCUGUACUAUUACUGGAGCUACUGAGACUAGUGUCACUACUUCGACGACGACAGCCAGCUGCUACAAGUUUCCGGAUGAUACCACCUUUGAAACAAAGCGCGAUGUCGACGAAGAUAAGACCGUCUUCUUUGGUUCCUCGCUAUGGCCAAGAGGUCGAGAUGACGGCUACUAUGAAUUCGGAACUUGCAAUCUUGGCAUUGUGAAUGACCCGCUGCAUUAUCCGUCGCACCCAGGCCCCAGCAAGAUCGUGGACUUCAUGAAAAAACAGAAUACCCCAUUAAAAGGGUUAUACAUCGUCCCAGAACAGGAUUGUGGAGUAGCACCCAAAGUGGCAUUACUUUCUGACUUUGAUACUUUAACGUCACAAACGUGUUAUGACCAGGACAAGAAGAAAUACGCUGCUAUGGGCGCAAGCAAAUCCCCGUUUGUCCAAACGGAGUAUGUUUAUGAACUGCAAACUAUGCCGGCUUUCUUGACUUAUCUUAUUGACAAAAAUUUGAUUUCGUGCGAAGAUAUGAAAAAGACGUUCUUUCCAAGCGACGGUAAGAAUCUAGGAAAAGAAUUGUUUAAUCAGCUUCCUAGCUUUACCAACCCAGACUUUGUUGUUCUCGACAAUAGUGUGAAUGAUUGGAAAGGAAAGAUAUUUAAUGGAAAAUUGAAAGGCGGCAAGGGCACCGCAGCGAGGCUCAAGGAAAUCUAUAAUGUCGCCAUGGCAUUUGAUUAUAUGCGUAUUGAGGACGUGUAUACAAAGUUCCAGACCACAAACGCCCGUAUCUAUGAAUUCCUCCGCGAUACAUUCGAUUAUUGUGGUAGUCAAUACGCUCCGCAGGGUGGCUGGGCACCGGCGUAUUCGAGGUUCAUGUCAGCCUAUCUCUCCUCGCAGGGCGCUCAUGCCGCUACGGAAAUGUCUAAUAGGUGGACAUUGGCCAGCAAAGAUAAAAGGAACGGCCAAGCCGAAACGGAUGCUCUAUCUCUACUUACGCAGAGAUAUCCACCUGAAAGCUGGAACUUUGAUAUCGAUACCCUUUUAUCAUGGCCCGCAGCUGGUAUAGGGAAACGUACAGAAUGUCCCUUGGAUAUGUCUACGUCCUCAUCAGAUGGAUCAGCGGCGUCUUCCACGCAAACUUCUGAGCAGGUUAUCGGAAGAUCUUCUACAACCAGUACUCCUACAUCGGGCUCCCCGACUUCAGAACCUGCCACGCCAGGGUCCCCUAUCAAUUCUCAGUUCUCGCCCACCCAAACCCAAGCGCCAAUAAACCCAUUCGGAACUGGUAACGAACUAUGCCCCCCUGCCGUCCAGUGUGGAAAUUACGACUCUGCCACCUGCGAAGUGGAGAAGCACCAAGUGUUUCAUAUGGCCAUGGACAUGGACGAUGUUGGGAAGUAG